UAGUUCCAGUCUCCAAGUGUGUUAACCCGGAAGAGAAGCAAGAUUCAAGAAGAAGCGUGUAUAUUUGUAUAAAGAAUUGAAAUGGCGGAUCGACAAAGGCUUGACCCUCCAAAACAAACGCUAGACGAUGCUUAUGCGGCUCCUGCGAAUUUUUUGGAAGUCGACGUUGUUACACCAGAGACUCAUGGAGUUGGGAAGAAACGAUACACGGAUUAUGAAGUCAGAAUGAGGUCAAACUUGCCAGUAUUCAAGCUCAAAAACUCAUCCGUAAGACGACGUUACAGUGACUUUGAAUGGUUGAAAGCUGAACUUGAGAGAGACAGUAAGAUUGUAGUUCCACCUUUACCUGGAAAGGCUUUAAAACGGAUGCUACCAUUUAGGGGUGAUGACGGUAUAUUUGAAGAUGAAUUUAUUGAAGAAAGAAGGCAAGGUCUGGAAGCAUUCGUCAACAGGAUUGCAGGCCAUCCAUUAGCACAGAAUGAAAAAUGUCUUCAUAUGUUUCUGCAAGAUCCAUCAAUUGACAAGAGUUACACACCAGGGAAAGUUCGCCACACAUAACAAGAACUAGAUCUGAAUAAGUAAUUUAGAAAUUCAUUUCAUAAUCCUUGUGACUUUGCAAUUGCUUUAUAACUGCUUAUUAACAUUCAGACAAAGUAACAUAAUUAGCAGGAAACAGGGUUGAACAAUUUUACAAUACUCUUCUUGAAAGUUUAUAUGACCAUUAUUAAUUGGACAUGAUUUGAGCUUGCAUUUUUAAUUAUUUAAAGAGAUACAAACUUUCAGGUUGAGGCACUUUUUAAUCCUUGCCUAUUUUAUUGCUCGACUCUGCUUUCAAAUCUUUGCAAUGCUGUUUUUCUUAAAUGACUGUAUAUAUAGGUUGUGCUAAGCUGAUGAAAAAUAGACAAGUUUGUAAAAACAAGGUCAAUACUUUGUGUUCUUUAGCAUGCCUCAAUCAUGUAGCUUUCCCAUUUCAUAGCAAUUAGUUUUUUUUAUCUUUAAAUAUGAUUUCAGGUCAUGUUUCUUUAAACAUUCAUCAUUUCAUAAAGAAAUGUAGUUGUGCUAGACAUUUUUGAAGAGCUUUUUAAGUAAAUUGAAGAGAUUUAGUUAAAACAAUGAGUGAUUUAUUGGUGUUAUGUGUAGGUAUUUCAAUGAUCAUGCAAUGUAAAUGAUUAUUCAUUAUUGAUUAAGAGAAUAAUAUGCAAUGUUGUAAUAAGUUUAA